AUGUUGGAUGAAAAUAAAAAAAAACAAUUAAAAGAUUGUAAAUUGGAUGAUGAAUUAUUGCUCAAACCUUUUGAAUUAGGUUGGACAAGAGAAGUUGUUAAAAGGGUUGUCACUAAAAAUAGAAAUCUUAAUUGUGAUAUUUAUUAUUUUAGUCCGAGUGGGAAAAAAAUCAGAUCGUUAACUGAAAUCAAAUUAAAUUUGACCGAUGGACUAACACCAGAAUGUUUUUCAUUUAAACGACAGCCAUUAGGAAUAAAUGAAAAUUUUGAAACGGUAAGAGAUGCUAGAAAUAAAAGAAAAGGUCAUGGAUUAUCUAAAGAGAAUACCAAGUGUUUGAGAGGUACUACUAAAAAGACUGAAACUGCCAUUGCCAAAGCAACCCACAAUCAUGUAAUAAGAAAAGAAUUAAUAAAUUCAAUUAUGACAAGGAAAAAGUCGUCUCCGAUAAAACAAAAGUCAAAUUCAAAAGUGAGAAAUGAUAAAACAAGAACUAAUGGUAGAGGUAAAAAAAAAGAAAGCAUAAAUGAUAAAAUGAUAAAAGUGAGUGAUUUAAAAAAAUCUAGUGUUAAAAGUGAGACAAAAAAAAUUAAAACUAAUAGGGGACAGGUUGGACGAAAAGCAUGUAAAAAUAAAAAAAUAUUAAAAAAAAUAAUAACUAAAAGUAAAAUGAAUCAAUCGAAAAUAACUUCGAGGCAAAAAAUUCUUAAAAAUGUUAUGAAAAAAAAAGAACCUAAUGAUAAUGAUAUUGAUAAAAAAUCAACAUUUAAAGAUCUCAGAAGCAUUGUUAAAAGAAAUAUAGGAAAAUAUAGAGAAAUGAGAGAAAAACAAAAAAUGGCCAUUAAUUCUCAAUUUAAAAAAAAUAUAAGUAAAAUCGUUUUUAAACAUGUUACAAAACGAAGGUCGGAACCGAUAUCAAAAAACAAACAAUUGUACCUGAAACCACUUGAAAAAGGCUGGAGAAGAGAAUUGGUAUAUAGAAGAAAUGGUACUAAAACUGGACAACGUGCAGAUGUUUAUUAUUUUCAUCCGAAUGGUAAAAAAUUAAGAUCUUGCCGGGAAGUUUCUGAAAAUUGUUGUGGAGAACCUUGUGAAAUUAUAAGAAAAGCAAGAUCACACACAAGAAUUGCCUAA